AUUAUGCUAAUAUGAUACAAUGCCUACAAAGUGAGAAGUUCCAUCAGCUGCUGCUGUUUUGGUUGCUAUUUGUUGUAUGACAUUUCUACUCAUUUUUCAUAUAAUCUAUAUAGUCGCCACUUGCCACAGUUGCUAGUGUUUUGUUAUAUUCGUCAUCAUAAUUCUUUAUUGUUGAUAUCGUUGGUUCCUCUAUGUGGUCGAUUUGUGUCGACAAUUUUUAAACAUUCUUUUUGCAGUUAUUUGAAUAACAAUGUCUGAUUUGAAAUCAUUGGAACAUCCGACGUUAAAGGUUCCAUACGAAGUUCUUAAUAAGAAAUUUCGAACUACACAAAAAACACUAGACAGAGAAGUUUCACAUUUUCAAAACGCUGUACAAGAAUUUGAACGUGAUAUAUCAUCAGAUGUUGCAAUGACGGACACUUCUCAUAUUUCCUCGUUGCUUAGUGGUAUGGUUGAAAAACUGAAAGUGCUCAAAAGAAAGGCUGAUGAAGGUAUAAAUGAUGAACUGCAAGCUGGUUUGGUAUGCAAAAAACGUUUGGAACACUUGAAAGAACAUAAUUCACCUUGUGAAACUAUUGUAAAAAAUUGGCGUCGCCGUCGGUUGGAUCGGAUGCUAGUGGAAUACUUUUUACGCUGUGGAUAUUAUAAUUCUGCCAAUAAACUUGCUAAUAAUUCAGAUCUUAAUGAUCUUACUAAUAUAGAUUUAUUCAUGAUAUCAAAGGAAGUUGAACAUUCAUUGGCAAAUCACGAAACAUCAAAAUGUUUAGCAUGGUGUCAUGACAAUAGGUCAAAAUUACGUAAAUUACGUUCAACUAUGGAAUUCAAUUUACGAAUACAAGAAUUUAUAGAACUUGUGCGUCAAGACAAACGCCUUGAUGCUGUUCGACAUGCUAGAAAGCAUAUAUCAACAUUCGAAGAUACCCGUAUGGAUGAAGUACAACAGUGCAUGGUUUUACUGGCUUUUCCCACUGAUACGGAAAUAUCACCUUAUAAAGAAAUGUUUGAUGAGACUCGUUGGCAACGGUUAAUUGAACAGUUUCGCCAAGAAAAUUACAAUUUAUAUCAAUUAUCAUCACAGUCAGUAUUUACUGUUGUAUUACAAGCUGGAUUGUCUGCUCUAAAAACUCCUCAGUGUUAUAGUGAAAUUAAAGAAGCUCGGAAUGUAAGCUGCCCAGUUUGUCAAGAAUGGUUCAAUACUCUAGCAAAACCAUUACCUUUUGCACAUUGUAGUCAGUCUCGACUGUUUUGUUCAAUAUCAGGACUUCCAUUGAAUGAACAUAAUAUACCUAUGGUAUUACCAAACGGAUACGUUUAUGGAGAACAGGCUUUGGUAGAGAUGUCGAAUCAAAAUAAUGGACAAGUCAUUUGCCCCAAGACUAAAGAAGUGUAUUGGUUAAAACAAGCAGAAAAAGUUUACGUAAUGUAAUAAUAAUAAUAAUCUAAGAUUUUAACUUACACUAUGUGCCAUUUGCUAUUUUCUUUUUUUUUUAUUAUUAAACAUUGACCUAUCUUGCAUAGUAACUCAUUUCUUCAAGACAAAUUUCUUAUAAUGUAUGUACCUUUAUAAUAUGUAUAAUAUUAAUUUCUUUAUACAUCAAAAUUAAAUUUGCUGUUUCCAAUAUUAAAAAUUGUAUAGUUGAUUAUUCAAUAAAAUUAUAUUAUUUUACAUUAAA